AUGCUGGAGCGGGACCGCCUCGCAAAGCUCGCCCUGUGGGAGCGGCAACAGCAACGCAUGCGCGAGGAGUCGGUGCCGCUCGCCCCGCGCAUCACGGCGUACGCCGCAACGUUAAAGCGUGAUGGUGACGUUGCCGACCGACUCAUGGCUGUCGCAAGGGAGCGCAGAGAGAGAGAGUUGAAAGACGCAGUGGGCGGGACGGAUGCGUCGCCUUUGCGUCCGCGUCGGCGCAGCGGCGGCGGCGCCUCGCCGCGAGGAAAGCAACAGCAGCAACAGCAACAGGAAAGCCUUCUGCUGCUUUCCAUGGAGGAGCGGCAACGGCAGUACAGGCUGCGGCGCGAGAAGAAGAUACGCGACAUUGUGGAGGCGGAGCGGCGGCUGCAUACACCCACCAUCAACCCUGUGUCGGAGAUGAUCGCCGCUGGCCUCCCGAUCUCUUCUACCGAGCGGCUUAUGGUGGACCGCUCAAAGCGUGAUAACGUUGGGACGCGAGGAAGCAAGAGUGGUGUGCUCGCGUCAAGCCACGGCUCCUCGUGGCGCGACAACGCAGACGAGUCGGCGCAUACCAGGAGCGCUGGCGAGUGCCUGGGCCUGGAGGAGUACGUGUCGCCGAUCCUUUCGCCAAGCCGCAGCGGCACGAAGGCGUCGACGUUGCGUGACGUAGGCGACAUAUACGAGCGGAUGUGCUGCUGGAAAAAGCUGCGCGAUGAGAAGGUGCAACGGCUUCGGAACGAGUUGCUUGAAGGGUCGCCGCUCCAGCAGCAGCAGAGUGAGGGGGAGAACGCCUUGCCUGCAUCGCCGGCGCCGCGCCCUGCGAAAGUGCUCCCCGGUGCCCAGAGCACUCCUCGCGCGUUGACUGUCGGAACGGAAGGCAGCAGCACACCUGUGGUGCUCUCCCUAGCAAAGAGAUACACAGAUACAUCAUAG